CUCAUUAAAGACGCCACUAAAAUGGAACAUGGCGUCUGUUCGUCCGAAGCGAAGGCGCCAGAUUCAAAAGUGGCGACAUGUCACGCAGCGGAGUGGAAACUGCAGCCCACAGCCCGCUCCUCUCCUCCAGUUUCUGUUUUAGCCCACGGUCAUGCGUUUGCGCGAAGGGCUGGUCGACAGCCAUGUGGAAUGGCCUCCCCGAGCCGCUUCUGGCUGCUGGAUGCUCUACACCUGAGCCUUGGCUCCUACCUGGCUGCAGCUCUGUUUUUGACAGCCUUGUCAGUAAUGUUUCUCCGAUCCCGAUGUCACCAACAGCAAUCGGCCCGCGAGGAGGGGAGAGAUCUGCCACCAACAAACCACGCAGGUGCAGGACAUCCAUCUUGGAGCGUUGCAUCCUUAAAGUGUCGACCAGCAGCGUCGCUGUGGGAACCGAAGAUCUGGACAAGAGCAGGGCUUCGCUCGCUCGCUGCUUCCCUCGCAUCCCAGACCCGAACAACACUGAGACAAACGCUGCGGUUCUCAAGCGCAGACAGAAGCAGAUCCUGUACGGCAAGACUACGAGCGGCUACCAGAACUACCUGCAACAAGUCCCAAAACACUUGAGAGACCCAAAGCUCCACCCGUCCACCCCCAACAAGUACAGGAAGUACAGCAGGCGCUCCUGGGACAUGCAAGUCCGUCUGUGGCGACGAGCGCUGCACCAGUGGGACCCGCCGAGCGACGCCCCCGACCUCACUCUCGACCCCGUGGAGCAACUGCAGAACCAGCUGGCAAAGAUGACCUCUGACUUGUGUGACGAUGGAGGAGAGAAGCAGAGAGAGAAGGAGACCCUGGCGGCCCCGAAGGCCUCCUCUGUGUCCCCCCUGUCGGCCGACAUGUCGCCGGAGCUACCUGACGCCUGGAACGUUCCACUGUCACCGGAGCCCGAGAGGAGCCGCCGACCACCUCGCGCCCCUCCUGGCCUCAGCUGCUCAUUCAGGAUUCAGCUGACCAACAACAACAUGGCCGACUGGCUCCACCUCCAGCUGGAGGAUGAGCAUACAGGGGAUUUCGGUGCCGAUGACCAACAGGUCCCUAUGGUUUCAGACCAGUACUUAUGGAAUCCCUACUGAUCGACCCUCGCUGCAACUAGCCUGGUUCAGUCGUCACUGAGCAAUGUCAUCAUCAAGAUGCUGGAUUACGUCAUGUGCAUUUAAAUCUUUGUGUGUGUGUGUUUCCGGUAUAUUUGGCUUUUUAAGAACACUGAGGAUUUGAAAUGAGCGAGGGGACGAUGUGAUUGUUUUUUUGUUUUUUUUUUUGGGUCCUUGAGCUUCUUUGCUGCUGUUGUACCCAGGAGGGAAUUGAUGAGGUUUCCCAGCUGCUCUUAAAGGUAUCCCAGUGUUUAACAGGCAGAGGUCGACUUGGCACUUUGACCCAAGCAUGUUUCUAUCAUUUGCACUCUUGUGUUAACCGCACUUUGUCACCUGCGCCGUGUUCUCAAUGUCCACAAAACGUUCGUACUUAAAGUCACCAUGUUUUUUUGUUUUUGUUUUUUCUCUGUCACUUUCUGGUCUCUGUAGAGGCUGUUUUGUUUCGUUUUUGUCCAUGUUCACCUCUGUUCUGAUAAGGCUGCUUCCAUCUUUUCCUUUUUUUAUUUGUUACAUAAUGUGUGCUGCUUUGAAUAUUGAAAGCGUCGCUGAAAUUAAUAAAGAUGUAAAUAAAGUGUUAAAGCUU